AUGCCUGACAAGUCUCCCACCUUGUACCUCAUCCGCCAUGGCGAGAAACCACCGAAGCAGCCCGACGGCGAGGACGGGCCCGGUCUCUCAGAACAGGGUGUCGACCGCGCACAGGCGCUGGUCGAGGUCUUUGGACGCAACAGCCCCUACAACAUCGGGUAUAUCCUCGCUCAGAAGCCGAAGAAGCACGGCAAACAAGACCGCCCCUACCUGACUGUCAAACCGCUCGCCGAGUCGCUCGAGCAGUACGGCGUGCCCUUCAACUUCACCAUCGAGCGUGAUCACGUCGACAAGGUCAAGGACGCGGUGCACGAUUACAUCAAGGGCAAGGUCCACGGCGGCGGCGGCGGCGACGGCGGCGACAACCACCAGGGAAACGUCCUGAUCUGCUGGGAACAUGACGCGCUGGAGAAGAUCGCGGCCGUGCUGGGCGUGGACAAGGUCCCUGACUACCCAGGGAAGAGGUGA